CUGUUCUCCUUGGCUUUUAGGAAAUUGUACUAGUCGCAAGGGACUCAAUGGAGCAUGUUCAGUUCAUGAAUACAUUGGCAGCUUCCAGGGACAAACUGCGCGGUUUAAGAUGACUUCUGUGUGUGGACAUGUCAUGAGUCUGGACUUCAUUGGGAAGUACAACAACUGGGACAAGGUGGAUCCUGCAGAACUCUUUAGCAAAGCUCCCACAGAAAAGAAGGAAGCCAACCCCAAACUAAACAUGGUCAAGUUCCUCCAGGUUGAAGCCAGAGACUGUGAUUACGUGGUUUUAUGGCUGGAUUGUGACAAAGAAGGCGAGAACAUCUGUUUUGAGGUAUUAGAUGCCAUCCAGCCUGUGAUGAACAAGGGGAGUGUCAGGGAGCAGACUGUUUACCGAGCCAAAUUCAGCUCUAUUACUGAUGUGGACAUCUGGAAUGCCAUGAACCACCUAGGAGAGCCCAACCGCAAUGAAGCCUUAUCUGUAGAUGCACGUCAGGAGCUGGAUCUGCGCAUCGGCUGUGCCUUUACCCGGUUCCAGACUAAGUAUUUCCAGGGUAAGUACGGGAAUCUAGACUCCUCCUUGAUCUCAUUUGGACCAUGUCAGACCCCCACACUAGGCUUUUGUGUGGAACGCCACGACAAGAUCCAGUCCUUCAGACCUGAGACUUACUGGGUCCUCCAGGCAAAGGUGUUCAAAGGAAAAGACAGCCCACUGACACUGGACUGGAAUAGGGUGAGGGUCUUUGACAGGGAGGUGGGCCAGAUGUUCCUUAACCUGGCCAAGGCAUGCAGGGAGGCCAAGGUGGAGUCGGUGAGUAAGAAGGAGAAGACCAAGCAGAGGCCCCAGGCCUUGAACACAGUGGAGAUGUUGAGGGUGGCUAGCUCUGCCUUAGGCAUGGGUCCCCAGCAUGCCAUGCAGAUUGCAGAACGCCUGUAUACACAGGGCUACAUCAGUUACCCACGUACUGAAACGACCCAUUACCCAGAGAACUUUGACUUGAAAGGAACACUGAAGAAGCAGACCGGCAAUCCCAUCUGGGCAGAAGAGGUGAAAGCUCUACUUUCAACUGGAUUAAACCGACCCAGGAAAGGAACUGAUGCUGGAGACCAUCCACCUAUCACUCCCAUGUGUGCUGCCUCAGAAGCGGAACUUGGCAGUGAUGGCUGGCGGUUAUAUGAGUACAUCACACGGCAUUUCAUUGCUACUGUCAGUGAGGACUGCAAGUACCUACAGACCACCAUAGACUUCACCAUUGGCACGGAAGCCUUCUCAUGCAGCGGCAAAACUCUGAUCUCAGCAGGUUACACAGCAGUGAUGCCUUGGCAGGGCAUCCCUCUGGAAGAGACCAUGCCAGAUUGUGAGCGUGGAGACACCUACACAGUAGAUGAGCUCAAGCUGCUGGAAAAGCAGACUAGCCCCCCAGACUACCUGACUGAGGCCGAACUCAUCACCCUCAUGGAGAAACAUGGCAUUGGUACUGAUGCCAGUAUUCCUGUCCACAUUAACAACGUCUGCCAGAGGAACUAUGUGACAGUAGAAAGCGGCCGCAGGUUGAAGCCAACCAACCUGGGCAUUGUCCUUGUACAUGGCUACUACAAGAUAGAUGAAGAGCUGGUGCUGCCCACCAUACGCAGUGCUGUAGAGAAGAUGCUGAACCUUAUCGCACUGGGCAAGGCCAACUAUCAGCAGGUCCUACAGCACACACUGGAUAUCUUCAAGAGGAAGUUUCACUACUUUGUGGAUUCCAUUGCAGGCAUGGAUGAGUUGAUGGAGGUCUCCUUUUCCCCUAUAGCUGCCACUGGGAAGCCCAUGUCUCGCUGUGGCAAGUGCCACCGCUUCAUGAAAUACAUCCAGGCCAAGCCCAGCAGGCUCCACUGCUCGCACUGUGAUGAGACCUACAGUCUUCCCCAGAAUGGAGCCAUCAAGCUGUACAAGGAACUCCGCUGUCCACUGGAUGAUUUUGAGCUUGUGCUGUGGACCUCUGGUGCCCGGGGCAAGAGCUACCCCUUGUGCCCCUACUGCUUCAGCAACCCACCUUUCAGGGACAUGAAGAAAGGUAUGGGAUGCAAUGAAUGUACCCAUCCAUCCUGUCAGCAUGCUCUCAACUCUUUAGGGAUUGGACAGUGUGUGGAGUGCGAUAGUGGGGUUUUGGUGCUGGAUCCCACAUCUGGACCAAAAUGGAGAAUGGCCUGCAAUAAAUGCAAUGUGUUGGUGCACUUCUUUGAACAUGCGCACAAAGUGCAGGUAGCUCAGGAGAGCUGCAAUGCCUGUGAUGCCUCUCUGGUCGUAGUUGAUUUUAACAAAGCUCGCACUCCACUUCCUGCUGGCGAGACCCAACAAACUGGCUGCGUUUUCUGUGACGUGGUCUUCCAGGAUCUAGUGGAGCUCAAACAUGCCACCAUGAGGCACGCCAUGCACCGGGGUGGGGGAGCAAGACGAGGACGUGGACGGGGGAGGGGACGCCGUAGCAAUCCUAAAAAACCUAAAGACAAAAUGGCUGCCUUGGCAGCUUACUUUGUGUAGUGUCCCUGUAUAGUGCAUCUUAGUUGCUUGAAACAUAUAAAGUUGUAUAUAUAAUUGACUUUUUACAUGUGUUCAGUUGCACUAAAGUGAAAUAUGUAUCAAAAACAUAAGUCUGUUAACCCUAUAAACAGGUUAUAUACAAUGGCUUCAAAAAGUAUUCUUAUAUUUUCACAAUUUGCACACUUUGUGUUAAUGUCAUUUUAAAUGGAUUAAAUAGCCAUGUUUCCAUCAAUCAGUAAGCCAUAUUGACUUUGACAGUGAAAACAUUUAGCAAAUUUACUGAAAAGCAAAAACUGAAAUGUCUACUGUACAAAGGUUUACAGAGUUUUAAUUCAUUACUUUGUAAAAGCCCCUUCAGCAACAGUUAAAGUUUGCAGUCUUUUUGAGUAUGUCUUUACAAACUUUGCACACCACGAUUUGGGCAGUUUAUCUCAUUCUUCCUGGCAGAUGAGUUUCCAUCAAAUUUGAUGGUAAGAACUGUGAUCUCAGGUCUUUCCGCAAUGUCCUUAGGGGUUUUAAGUCUGGACUUUGGGCCCCUCAAGGUCAGUCAGAGACUACUUUAAAAUUUAUGGAGAACUGCUGAGGUUGUUGUCUUUGUGGAAGGUUCUCCAUCUCCUCAGAAGACUUUUGAACAAAGCACUUCUUGCCUGGUGACUUAGUUUGGUCAGACAGCCAACUGUAGGAAUAGUCCUGGUGGUUCCAGUCUUCUUCCAUUUCACAGCUACUGAGGUCACUGUGCUCCUGGGAACAUUCAGAGCUUUAGAAAUAGUUUUAUACCUUUGUCUACCUUAAGGCCCGGCCACUGGACUUUUGACACGACCCAUUACAAACCCAUUAAUUCCUGAAUGGCAAAAAGCAACCUUACUGUAAACAACCUCCUGCUCGGCUGGAGGGUGCUAAAAAUGGGCACAGUGGCCGGCGUCAAACACAUCGCCCCGUGCAACCACAUGGGCAAGCAGCUUCAAGCUACAAUUUUUCAAACUUUGAAACGAUGUCCUGUUCGUCAUGUUACACUGACGCUGUCACCAGGUGGCGCCAAAUGGACGUCUGGUUGGUACGCUUUAUGACAUUUAGGAAUGGGAGCCGUCCCUGGUAGGCUAGUGGUUAAAGCGCAGCGGCGAGAGCGCCCGGGUUCGAAUCAGGG